AUGCCUUCCAACAACACAACAAACGAUCGAGUCGCAGCUGUUGAAAGCUGCAUCUGUCACCUGAUGGACCAGCUCCUCAACAUGAGAAGCAACGAUCGUGUCGAUGGUUCACUUGCAACGACAACAAACUCAACAACGACUUCCAACAGCAUGAAUGACGACAACGAGAGGAAGGUCCAGGCAGACAGCUGUGACAGCAACCACAAUAGCGACGACACCAUGUUUAAAAAGAAUAGCAGCAAAAGCAGCAGCAACAGCAGCAACAUUUUUGAAGAGAGCAAAUUCUCCCACUCAACACCAAAACAAGAACUUCUGAAAGAAGAGGAAGAACAACAACAACAGAAGAACACGCAGUUGAAUGACGACCUCAAAACUUUGGACAGCAGCUGCUCAGAGAGUGCAGGUUAUAAAGACGUUGACGAUGAACUUUUUAACGAUAUUGAUUUUAACAUUAACAGGACGAAGAGCUCAAGUGAAGAGAAUGACGACGGUGAUGAAAGUUACUGGCUCUCCCCCAUCUACUUUGACUCUGACAGCAACAACAUCCAGAACGAAAGCACUCUCACGAAUGUCACGCCGAUGGAUGGGGACACUUUCAACGCCAGUCUGCUUACUUCGAUCUGGGAGGCUGGGAGUGAGAUGCAAACUGGGGAAGCACAUCUUCCUGACGCCAGCAUCCACGACAAGUUCUCAAGCGAGGAAGUUGACAGUGACGAUGGUGACUAUCUCUCGCCCAUCACCUUCGAUUUCGACAACAACAACUACAUCAACAACAACUACAACAUCAACAACUGCAACAUCAACAACAACUACAUCAACAACAACUGCUGCAUCAACAACAACUGCUGCAUCAAAAACUACAACAUCAGCAAGAGAAACAUCAACAACAACAUCCUCAAAACUCACAUGAGAAAAAAAUUCACAAUAAAAGUUAAUUGCGCACUCAUUAACAACAACAACAACAAUAUGAAUUUUGACAAUAACAACAUCAACAACAACAUAACUUCUAACAACAACAACAACAUCGCAACAAGAUUCACCCAUCCAGACUCGUGUUGCUGUUUGGCCUGCAACAGUAGAUUCAGACUCCAACAUGAAAACUGCCAACGAGCCAUGCGACUAAGCAACAACAACUUUAACAUCAUCAACAACAACAAUAAGUAUAGUAACAUCAGUAACAACAACAGCAACAACAUUAACAACAAAAUGACAAACGAAUUUCAACAUUUCUUAAGAUCGCCAUCUAUCGCCUCAUCGUCAACCGCAUCAACAACAAAAUCAACAACAGCAUUAAACAACACAACAACAUCACACAGUACAACAACAUUAUCAUCCAACAACGCAUGCUACUGUGUUAAAAUUAAACUGCCAUUCAAGAAAGUAAAGAGUUCCUCGAUGACGACUGUCCCGGGUUCGAAUCCAACUCAGAGAAGAAAGAACAAAUUGCGGAAAUUUUUUCAAAGAAUCAGAAAUAUUGUACAGAAAAAAGUGAAAAAUCACGUCUCGUGA